UCGUUGUCGUCUCCACGAACCCAAAAUGUUUCCACAAGACCUCUCCUUCUCUUCUUCACUCUUUAAACCCCUAAACCCUUCAUUUUCUCUGCAACUUUUCUCCAAUCCUCUUCGCCAGAACCGCCUGGCUUUCAAACCCAAGCGCCUUAUUCCCCGCCAAAUCCUUGCUUUUUCAGGCCAAGACGCUCGUCCCCGCGACAGCGUCCGCUGUUUCGCCGGCCGCAGCAAGAAGAAGGGUGGCCGUAUUGACGGCAUCGAGGAGAUCAGCCGAGAGAGAAAGCGUAGAGCUCGAAUCAAAUCGAAGAAGCUUGCCGAAUCUUUUUUUUACCGGCUAAACAAUCCCAACAAGAACUAUCCCAACAACUUCACUGAGGACGAGCUACAGGCAAUCGGACUCGGGUAUGACCGGAUGGUCCGAUUUAUGUCCAAGGACGACCCGAAUCUCCGACACCCUUACGAUUGGUACAAGUACGGCGAGUUCGGGCCUUAUUCGUGGCGCGGUGUCGUUUUGGGGGAUCCUGUACGUGGACGAUUUAGUGAUGAGAGAGUGUGUAUGAUUGGUGAAGUGAAAGACCAGGAGGAGUGGGAGAAGAUAGAGCAGUUUGAUAUGGAGGUUGAUUUUGGUGAGAGAUUGAAAAAAAUGGAUAAAGAUGUGGGUUUUAGGUAUUUCUGGGUCUUUGUGAGGCAUCCGAAAUGGAGAUUGAAUGAGAAGCCAUGGGAGCAAUGGACUUUGGUGAGUGAGGUUGUGCUUGAAGCUGGAAAACAAAGAUUGGAUAAGUGGAGUUUGAUGGGGAGAUUGGGCAAUCAAGCUCGACAAUUGAUAACUAAAUGUGCGGCGUGGAUGAGGCCGGAUAUCAUCUACGUGAAGAGGCCGGUUUAUCAGUGCAGGUUUGAGCCUCAAGAUCAGUUUUUCAGGGCGUUGACGCCAUUUUUGGACCCAGAGACAGAGAGGGAUUUUCUGUUUGAGUUGAGGAAUGAGGAUGGGAGUGUGGAGAUGUGUACGUAUUUCGGAGGGCUUUGUAGGAUUGUGAAGGUGAGCCAGAAGGCAUUUGUGGAUGAUGUAGUGAAUGCUUAUGAGAAGUUGAGUGAGGAGAAGAAGUCAAGGUGUUUAGAGUUCUUGUUAACCAAUCAUCCUGUGCAGUUGUUGCAUCCUUGGACCAGAGAGUGGAAGACCAAGUUGGAGGAGAUGGAGCUAGGUUGUGAUGCACCGGAUGAAGAUGAGGAUGAAGUUUGGAGGAAUUCGAACGAAAAGGAUAUUACAGAGUGGAUUGAAGAUGAUGGUGAUGGUGAUGAUGAUAAUGAAGAAGAAGAAAUAGUUAUGGAAAUGGAAGAAGGUGAAGAUGAAGAUAAUGAAUUGGAAGAUGAUGAAGAUGAUGAACUGGAGAGUGAAGAAGAGGAUCCCGAUCCCAAAGAGGAUGUGAAGUAUUGGGAGGAUGAGUUCAAGAAGUCUGUAAGUAGCUCUGAAGCAAUGGAAAAUCUAGCUAGGAGGAGUAUAGAAAGAAAUUCUGAGCUGUUUAAGAAGCAGAUGGAAUCAAUGCAAGGGCAGGAGAAUGAUAAAGAUGCAGACGAUGGCGAUGAAACUGCCAUGAGAGGUGUUAGGGCGAAAGUGAGCCCCCAAGAAUGGAAAACUAUUGGGGUUGGUCCAUGGAGGAAGAGGAUUAAGAAGAGUAGAAUUCCUCCUGAGCUGUUCUUGGCAGCAGCUGUCAGGCCUUUCACUUACAGGAACCUUGUAAAAGAGAUUGUUCUGACAAGGCAUGCAAUUUUGGAUGGUGAUAUCAAUACUGGCACUGGUAGGAAAGAUUGAAGCAUUUGCCUUCAUGGGUUUCAGUUGAAAUUAGAAUAGGCAGGUAUCAAAUGAUCAUGCAUGCAGGUAUAUGCAAUGCAAUAGUGAGAUAGCCACUUGAUGCUAAAAUCAUGGCUGCAACAUUUUUGUAAAAUUUGGUCGAAAAAUUUACUUUGAGCUAAAGAUUUUGUCCUAGGAAGUGUUUUGCAACAGAGCUUUGUCCGAUCUCUCAAAUGUGGUGUGUCUUGAAGUAUAUGCAUUGGAGUUCCGAGUAAUGUAAUGAAGACGGUUACUUGAAAACUUGAUUUCUAUUGAGGGUGAAAUUGAUAGUCUUGCGAUCCGAUUUCUUAGCAUGAUGGUGUGAAAGUUCUCAAUACCCAAUUCACAAUUUCAUUGGUUGCAUGAUUAGUAGUGAUUGUAUGAAUCUUGAUUGAUUGAAAAUUGAUUGAAAGACAUUGUAGGAAUUGGGUUUGUAAACUUGAUUAUGUU